GCAAAGCAAAAUCUCAUUAGGUUUCAACCACUAAAGUCACUUCAGAAAACCCUAAAUCGAUUCAUGUCUCAGAAACGUUUCAAUACGCCGAUGGCUUCUUCAAGCGACGAAGAUGAAGUGGAGACUCCAAUCAGAGAAGGUGAAGACUCUUCGUCGGAUGAAGAAGAUGAUGUUGUGUCCUCUAAAAAUCCAUCAUCAACCGUGAUGAAGAAGCCAGUCGUUGCCACGGAGAAACAAGUUUCUGAUUCAGAAUCUGGAUCUGAAUCUGAUGAAGAAACUGAUUCCGACUCCGAAGAACCCGUGAAGAAAGAUGAGGUUGUGACGAAUCCUGUGAAGCCUGUGACCGAAGCCAAAGAUUCUGUCUUGAAGAAGAAUCAAGAAUCCAAGAAGGUGAAAGAUUCUGAGAAAUCUGUGGCAAAACGUUCUCGUGAAACCGAUGAAGCAGCGGGUUCUACUGAUGUGAAGAUGGUCAAGAAGGAUUCAGGGGAAGCAAAGAAUAAGAGUGGUGGAGGAGAAGAAACGAAGAAAGCUUAUUUCCAACGUGUUUGGACUGAAGAUGAUGAGAUUGCGGUUUUACAAGGUCUUAUUGAUUUCGAAAACGAUACUGGGGUAAGUCCUUAUGAUGAUACUAAUAGGGUUUAUGAGUUGUUGAAGAUAUCUAUUAGCUUUGAUGUCUCCAAGAUUCAGUUCAUGGAAAAAAUUAGGAAUUUAAAGAAGAAGUAUGAGAACAAUCUUGUCAAAGCCAAGAGUGGUGAUGAACCUACGUUUGCAAAAACUCAUGAUCGCAAGGCUUUUGAAUUGUCUAAGUUUGUUUGGGGAGCUAUGGAAUCAGCUGUGAAAUCUAGUGGGAAGACGAGGAAGAGUAGUAAGUCGAAGAAAGUUGAGUCUGUGAACCAUGAGCUUGAUUCUUCUUUGCCCAAUGGUAAGAACGAUGGUGCCGCGGAACUGGAUAUGUUUCCCAAGUCUUCUCUUGUUAGAUCGCUUGUGCGUUUUGGUUUUGAUGAAUUUUCUGCUCAACAAGGAUUGAGUAGCCUUGCCUUAGAGGAUAAGAAGAGAUUCGAGGAGAAGUGGAAAGCAUUGCAGGUUAAGGAGUUCGAGUUCUAUUCGCACAAGAGCGGUUUUCUUCAUGAAGUGGUAGCAAAGAUUGCUGAAGCAUUUCCAUCAAACGCUUAGAUAUAUAUGGAAUUCUCUUUGUUUUUUGGUUCUGCCUUUUUUGCCAUGAACUCCGGCUUUUUUUCUCAUUUUAGUUUCUGUUGACUCUUGAAAAAGAGUUCAUUUUGGAAUAUUGCGGAUUUAUCAAUAUUAUUUUAGUUUCUAUUGAGGCUUAUUAAUCUUAGUGGUAACUAAGAAGGGAUCAGGACAAUCAAAUUAUCGUGUAGAUGCCUUUUUAUUCAUAUAUGUCUAUCUUUCUUGUCCACUGAUCUCUGAUUUUAGUUAUCCCCGAUGGACUAGUAGUGAAGACGUUGCAUUUAAAUUUAUCUAUCGAUAUCACUUACAUAUUUUUCGAUUUCAGUUUUUAGUGCUUACUUGUGGCCAUUGAUACUUUUUUCUGGUCUUAGAUAUGGUGUAAUGGUUUACUUACUUGCAAUGGCUGUUACAUUAUUCAUAUCAGUUUCUUGUUCAUUGGAUUGUUGUCUUUGAUUAGGUCUCGUAAUAAGAACAUUAAAAUGUA